AUGUCUGCUGAACUACAGAUACCUACUGUUGUAAAAGGGAAUAUGUCUACGGAACUACAGAUACAUACUGCACCUCCAGUCAACUCUACACAACACAAAGUGAACCCUACCAUUCAUAAGCCUCUAGUCAGCUCUACAGAACACAAAGUGAAACCUACCAUUCAUAAGCCUCUAGUUAGCUCUACACAACACAAAGUGAACCCAACCAUUCAUAAGCCUCUAGUCAGCUCUACAGAACACAAAGUGAAACCUACCAUUCAUAAGCCUCUAGUCAGCUCUACACAACACAAAGUGAACCCAACCAUUCAUAAGCCUCUAGUCAGCUCUACACAACACAAAGUGAACCCAACCAUUCAUAAGCCUCUAGUCAGCUCUACAGAACACAAAGUGAAACCUACCAUUCAUAAGCCUCUAGUCAGCUCUACACAACACAAAGUGAACCCAACCAUUCAUAAGCCUCUAGUCAGCUCUACACAACACAAAGUGAAACCUACCAUUCAUAAGCCUCUAGUCAGCUCUAAACAACACAAAGUGAACCCAACCAUUCAUAAGCCUCUAGUCAGCUCUACAGAACACAAAGUGAAACCUACCAUUCAUAAGCCUCUAGUCAGCUCUACAGAACACAAAGUGAACCCAACCAUUCAUAAGCCUCAAGUCAGCUCUACACAACACAAAGUGAAACCUACCAUUCAUAAGCCUCUAGACAGCUCUACAGAGCCAAAGUGA